AUGUUGUACUUGGUUGGCCUCGGAUUGGCCGAUGAGACCGACAUCACAGUCAAAGGUCUGGAAGUAGUGAAGCGCGCAGAACGUGUCUAUCUCGAAGCCUACACGAGCAUCCUCCAUGUGGGCAAAGAGAAAUUGGAGUCUUUCUAUGGCAGACCCGUUAUUGUUGCGGACCGUGAAAUGGUCGAAUCGUCCAGCGACGAGAUCCUGGACGGCGCAGACAAAUCUGACGUAGCAUUUCUUGUCGUCGGCGACCCAUUUGGUGCGACUACCCAUACUGAUAUCGUCCUCCGAGCCAAAGAGCUUUCGAUUCCUACAAAGUCGAUUCCGAAUGCCUCGAUCAUGAAUGCGGUUGGCGCCACAGGGCUGCAGCUAUAUAAUUUCGGCCAGACAGUUUCUAUGGUGUUUUUCACGGACAACUGGAGACCUGCGAGUUUCUAUGACCGCCUGCGGGAGAAUGCCUCAAUCGGGCUGCAUACGCUACUCCUACUGGACAUCAAGGUCAAAGAACAGUCGUUGGAAAACAUGGCAAGAGGAAGAAAAGUAUAUGAGCCACCACGAUAUAUGACUGUGUCACAGUGCGCGCAGCAGAUGCUGGAUAUCGAAGCUGAGAAGGGUGAGAAGGUGUAUGAUGAAGAUAGCCUGGCCAUUGGCUGUGCUCGGGUGGGCGCCGAUGAUCAGAAGUUCGCCUGUGGCACAUUGAAAGAAUUGUCCGAUGUUGAACUUGGCCCUCCUCUGCAUAGUCUUGUCCUCCUGGGCAAGAGAGCUCAUGAACUCGAGAGAGACUAUAUCCGAUCGUUCGCCAUCAACGAGCAGACGUUUGAUGCGAGCUGGAAGAAAUAUCACGAAAGGCAAUGA